AUGGAUGAAUUUAGCUUAAAGAAUGAAUAUGAUGAUCCAGAACUAAUCCAAAGCCUAGACGCCAAACUUGCCGAAACAAGUGCAGAGAUUGAGGUUCUUCAAGAGCAGAUGAAAAAGAUCCAUGCUUCCAAGAUGGAUUCUGUGAAACUUCUAACUUCAGAACUCAAAGAAGCCACAAAGACACUACAGGAUGUUGCUGCAGAAGAAAUCUCCCUUAAAAAGCUAGUAUUUUCUCUUAGGACAGAAUUGAAACAAGUGAAGAAAGAGCAAGAUGAACUUAAGGAUAAGAAACAAGCAGCAGAAGUUCUUGCUUUUAACCUCACUGGUGAAUUGCAAAAGAGCGCAGAAGAGGCGGGGCCUCAGCCAGGUACCGUGGAUGCCAAUGUUUUCUACAUGAAAAGUUGUAAAAUCCAGAAGCUACAAUCGGAGACAGAAGAUGCAAAAAGAGAAGCUGAAGAGAUGAGCAGAAAGGCUCAGGAACUGAAGCAAGAAGCUGAAGCAUCCCGAGCAGCGGCUGAAGAAGCAGAGAAAAAGCUAGAACUUGUUUUGGAAGAGGCUAAAGCAGCAAAAGCAGCAGAACAAAAAGCCAUUAAAGAGAUGAAGAUUAUCUCCGACGUGCAAAGUAGACUCUCGAUUUCAAAAUUCAGCGGAAAGAUCAGGAUGUCAAAGGAAGAGUUUGAGUCACUGAAUGGAAAAGUGAAGGAAUACCAAGAAUUGGCAGAAAAGAAAGAGACAUAA